ACCCAAGGUUAUCCUCAAGUUGGAGCAAGGAGAAGAACCAUGGUCCCUAGAAGUCAAAUUCCUAAACCAGACGUACCCAGGAUAUUAUAAAAUUGAUGACAACAUACAAGAGAUCCAGGAAAAACAAAAGAAGCCUCUGUGUCAAGUAAUAUUUAUUGAUGACAAUGAUAAAACAUUGAGUAAAGAAGAACAGAAAGCACACUUCAUUCGGUAUCAGAGAACCCGUUCAGGGAAGAAACUUCAAUAUGAAGAAUGUGGGAAAUCCUUUUGUACAAGUUCAUACUCUAUUCAGCAUUCUGGAGCUCAUGUGGGAUUCAAACUUUAUGAAUGUAAUGAAUGUGGGCAAUCUUUUACCUUCACUUCAGGCCUAAGAGCACAUCAGAGAAUUCACACAGGUAGGAAGCCCUAUGAAUGCAGUGACUGUGAGAAAACUUUUACCCAUAAUUCAGCCCUCAGAGUACAUCAGAGGAUUCACACAGGGGAGAAACCUUAUGAGUGUAAUGAAUGUGAGGAAACUUUUGCCCGUAAUUCAGUGCUUAGAGCACAUGAGAAAAUUCACACAGGGGAAAAACCCUAUGAAUGUAAUGAAUGUGGGAAAACUUUCACUGAGAUGUCAUAUGCUAGUGCAUGUCAGAGAGUUCACACAGGAGAGAAACCCUAUGAAUCUAAUAUAUUUGGGAAACCAUUUGCCCUUAACUCAUCCCUUAGAGUGCAUCAGAGAAUUCACACAGGUGUAAAACCCUAUGACUGUGAUGAAUGUGAGAAAACUUUCUCCCGGAAGUCACACCUUAGUGCACACCAGAGGACUCACACAGGGGAGAAACCCUGUGAAUGUAAUGAAUGUGGGAAAACUUUCUCCCGGAAGUCAGAAGUUAGGGUACACCAGAGGACUCACACAGGGGAGAAACCCUAUGAAUGUAAUAUAUGUGGGGAAACAUUUGCCUUUAACUCAAAACUUAGAGUGCAUCAGAGAAUUCACACAGGUGUGAAACCCUAUGAAUGUGAUGAAUGUGGGAAAACUUUCUCCCGGAAGUCACACCUUAGUGGACACCAGAGGACUCAUACAGGGGAGAAACCCUAUGAAUGUAAUGAAUGUGGGAAAACUUUCUCUGAUAAGUCAUAUGCUAAUGCACAUCAGAGAGUUCACACAGAGGAGAAACCCUAUGAAUGUAAUAUAUGUGGGAAACCAUUUGCCCUUAACUCAUACCUUAGAGUGCAUCAGAGAAUUCACACAGGUGUGAAACCCUAUGGAUGUAAUGAAUGUGGGAAAACUUUCUCCCGGAAGUCACACCUUAGUGUACACCAGAGGACUCACACAGGGGAGAAACCCUAUGAAUGUAAUGAAUGUGGGAAAACUUUCUCCCACAAGUCACAACUUAGUGAACACCAGAGGACUCACACCGGGCAGAAACCCUAUGAAUGUAAUGAAUGUGGGAAAACUUUAUCCCAGAAGUCACAACUUAGGCUACACCAGAGGAGUCACACAGGGGAGAAACCCUAUGAAUGUAAUGAAUGUGGGAAAGCCUUCUCCCGGAAGUCAGAAGUUAGGGCACACCAGAGGACUCACACAGGGGAGAAACCCUAUGAAUGUAAUGAAUGUGGGAAAACUUUCUCACGGAAGUCAGAAGUUAGGGCACACCAGAGGACUCACACAGGGGAGAAACCCUAUGAAUGUAAUAUAUGUGGGAAAACAUUUGCCCUUAACUCAAACCUUAGAGUGCAUCAGAGAAUUCACACAGGUGUGAAACCCUAUGGAUGUGACGAAUGUGGGAAAACUUUCUCCUGGAAGUCACACCUCAAUGGACACCAGAGGACUCACACAGGGGAGAAACCCUAUGAGUGUAAUGAAUGUGGGAAAGGUUUUGCCCAACUCUCAAAUCUCAGAGUACACCAGAGAAUUCACACAGGGGAGAAACCCUAUGAAUGUGGUGAAUGUGGGAAAAUUUUUGUUUCUAAGGCAGCUCUUAGAGUACAUCACAUCAGAAUGCAUACCAGAGAGAAAACCCUAACACAUCAUGAAUUUGAGAAAUCCUGAAUUAACUCAUACCUUAUUUUAUACCACACAGCAGAAAAACUCUUGUCAUAUAGACUGGAAAAUUGUUUUCCUUAACAUUUUCCUUUUCUACUAGGCUCAUAGCUUGUUGAAAAUCCCAAUCUCAUUCAUCCAGGUGGGCUGAUCAAAGAAUAUGAUGCUAAUGAUAUCUAUUACAUUUAGUCCUGGCCCUUAAGCAUCUUAGAGUCUUCCUGGUCCAUGGUAAGAUGGGAUUGAGAUGAUUUCCACAGCAAGUUGGCUUUUGUGUGUUGAAUGUGGUGGAGCACAGGGUCAAAGGAAGCUGGAGUCUGGAUAACUGUUUGGAAUAUAAUUCUCUGCUUCCUGAUCUUCAUCAGUUGUUUGUUUUCAAGCAAGAAUUAAGUUUGUUUUCCAUUGAGCUCUCUGAUUUGACCUAUUAGUUAAAUGCAUUGUUUUGCUGUCUCUCUAUUAGACUGGGAUGAAAUCCUAUUAACAUAAUACAUUUCAGAAGAACUAUUAGAAAUAGUUUUAUUGUAUAUCAGAGACUUCACAUGAAGAAGAAAAUUGUCAACAUCCUGAAUGAUCAGAAGCCUUCACUAAAGUCAGAGACAUUUCAGGGAAAACCACAAAAGCCUUCACAGCAAAAUUAAUUGCAUUAAACAUCAAAUAAUUAGGAUAAAAUUUUAUAUUUUGAAUAAAUGAUUUUUAACAAAUAUUGAAUGCUUUUAGAAAUUUCUUUCCUGAGGACGUGUCAGUUUCAGAAUUGAAGAAAAUAAAAUCUUCACCCACAAAAACUUCUGUUUAUGUAAUACGAAAAAAUUAUAGAAAAAAGAUAAGAAAAUGCCUAUAGACAAACUCACUUUAGAAUGUGAAGUUUUUUUAAUAGAGGAAUACCUUAAAUUCUGUGGAUAACACCAAUAAAUAUUUAUGAAAAGUCA